UUGGCGACUCUGGCGUUCUUGAAACGCGAAGGACGAAACUUUCGUAGUAUUUGGGUCUUCUAUUUAUAAUAUUGACCAAGUACUUCGUAUAUGUGUUAAUGUCUUUGGGCUGAACUUGGGCGAUUAGAAAUGAAAGGGAGUACUUUUCAAACAAGACGGGUGCAUCUGGGUUUACUUUUCAUAGCAUGUGCUGCGGUGGUUAUAUUCUCAAUGAAAAAAUAUGUUGACCAGAUCACUAUUGAGACAACUCCUCUUCCCAUUUUGACAUGCAAACCGACAUCAAAGACAGACAAGCAAGUUCUCAGCGUAAAAUUACGAUCACUUUCCAACGGCAUCAUGGAAUUACAACGUAUUCUCUAUACGUCAUCCAAACAUUUUAAAACUUUGGGUAACCAGGUUAAAAUGCUGAACAAAAUGCUUGAAAUUCUACAAGAUGAAAAAGUGUCGAAAAACCAGGAAGUUUGCCCAGAGAAGUUCGAGAGUAAGGACUUCAUCGACAGUGCACCAUAUUAUCAUUUGAGAAAUUCUCACACAAAUUGCAAUGAAUUUGUACCAAUACACCAACUUAUUACCCUCUUGAUAUAUUUGCCAAGUGAAUUCAGCAAGCCUGCAAUGAAUUAUUUAGAAAUUAUGCAAAGUAUUGCAAAGUACUAUCCAGAGAUCACGGUAGUAAUGGCAACUGGUGUAACAUUGCCAAGCGCUGUUCAACAGGAGAUUUCAAAAUUAAAAAUAUCAUUUAAGAACGUGGUUAUUUCAGGAAAAAAAGGGGACGUAUGGUCAAAGUUGCUUGAUGAAGUAAAAACACCGUAUGUAUUGAUAGCGCCUUAUUUGACCCACUUUGAUGAUGAUAUUGAUUUGCAUCGAUUGGUACGAGUUUUGAGCAAUAAUGGCAACAUUGCGGUCGCAGGUGGUAGUUACAGAAAUUUAACUGGCCACUGGGACCUUGGGUGUCGGCAAACUUCGUUAAACUAUUGGACAGCAAAGUACAGCGUUGGGUACUUUGAAUCUUUGAAUGAAUGUGCGAUAUGUGAUUAUCUCCCUGGACCGUUUGCAGCAAAAACCGAAGUGUUAAAGAAACUCAAAUUUGAUCCGAGCCUUUCAGAUGGGGUAUUUCGCGAUCUAUUUUUUCGGUUGAAACGUCUAAAUAUAGCUGGCAAUCGUGCAGUGGUUUGUGCUGAUGUAAUGUUCAAUAUUGACACGCCAAAGAUCAAAGAUGAAGCAUUGGUUACUUUUGCUGGUAAGCAUGAUAUCAAGAAAAUUUUUGAUAGUGACGGCACCGUGAAGUGGUAUGGUUGCAGACGUGGACUAAGCUAUACAAAAGAUAAAAGAUGUAGCUGGCCAAAUGGUAUGGGUGCACCACCAUGUGAUCUCUGGAAUUUAGGCGAAGUGGUGAGAGUUGUGAUGCAAGAGUGUGAAAAAGGGGGUAUGCAGUGUGAAUACGCCGCCGGAAAUGUUUUAGGUGCAGUAAAGUUUGCGUCGGUUAUCCCGUGGGAAAAAGAUGCUGAUAUUCACUUUCACACGAAGAAUUUCUCUGCGUACAGAAAACUUGAAGGAAGAUUCAGAAGCUUAGGGUUUGGUUUUAGAGCUAGCUCAGGAGGUUUAGGGGGAUUUGAUAUUACCACGAAAAGAUGGCGGCUGUCUAUGUACGGCCGAAAGUCUCUUGAAGUCGGAGAUAUGAUAUCACAAGGCAAGUUCCCUACCCGUGUACCUAUGGCCGGGGCCUGGGUAACAAUUCCACGAAAUCCGGGAAUGUUUGCACGAAAUCAUUACGUCACUAACUAUUUCCGGCAUGCUGAGCAUCACGGGGGCGAUUCAUUCUACUCAGCAGGACAGUUUAAGAAAUGUCCAAAGCCAGGACAUUCAGGUUGUUUGGACCAAUAUCCAGCAGAUGGUAAUAUCCAGUUCUUGGACUAUGUACCAUGAAGAAUCUGAGAGGCUGAAAACUAAAAUACUUCAAGUGAAUGCGUACGGUGGCUCGAUACUUUUUUUUGAGAAUUUAGGUGGCCAACAUUUUAGGCUUCGAAUCUAAGAAUUUUUAAAAUUUAUUUAACAGAUAUUGGGAGUUUUUAUAUAUUUUGAUGUCACCACAGUACGUUAGGUUUAGUAACAGAUCAGAACAAACGAUUAACAAACUGUUAAAAAUACUAUAAUUUUCGCAAUAUUCAGAAUAAUCCAACAAUUAUAGAAUUUGUUUUGUUGUGAUGAAAGCAUAAAUGCACUGGUAUUGUUAUCGAACUAUAGUGAGAUGGAAACAAUGUUUUUGAGGUUUUUUUUUGCCAACUUGCCGGUACUAAUCUUCUAUAGUUUGCCCGGCUGCAAAUAAUUAGAUAAUAAUUUUACCUUAAACUCUGAUAAUAGUUGAGACACCUGUAGUGUGUUGUCUGAAAGAAAACCGGCUGAUAAUUUACUCAAUUAAGCCGUGUUUUUAGUAUAUUAUGAAUGUUGAAUCUAAUAAAAAGUAGAGGAGUAACAGAAGUUCUUUUUUCUGUGUAUUGACGUGCUCGAUUGCAUUUGGCUCUGG